UCAAAGAUGACUGGAGAGUUGUAGAGCGGCUAAAUAAUCUAAGCGAACAAUGGAAAGAACUAGAUGCAGAAGCAAAUGCAAGAAAAGAAGAACUUCAACGUUUAGUUUCAGGACGAAAAAACCGAGAUCGAUCAGGAUCAAUACCAACUUCCCAGGCUCGACCAUACUCGCCAGUACGCAAUAAUAGUACACGUAUAAGGAAUGCAGUUACACCAAGAAAUUCAAACUCAGCACUUCAAAAUAAUCGAUCACCAUCUCCAAUGACAUCUCGUACAUCAUAUACAAAUGCCCAAUCUUCUUCUCGUAAUGGUAUACGAAAUACACGGAUAGCAAGUCCGACAAGACAAUCACCAAGUCCAACCCCUGGAAAUCAAGGUUCAUUGCGUCGUCCUCCAAUUCGUCUAUUACCACACACGGUCAAUAAUUAUAUACCAAAAUCAAAUGAUCCACUUGACGUCGAAGUUGCUCGAAUA